CACUCGCUUUUAAAGGGGGGAAAAAAAAACAAAAUAGUUUACAAAUUGCUGGUUCACGUUUGUGAAACAAGAGGACGGAAGAGUUUUGAGAGGAAGGCGUUUGGCCGGGGCUGGAGCCUCGAGUCUGGUUGGAAGUUUCCCAGUUCGGAUGUAACGUCUAGAAGACUGAGCUGAAAAAUGAUGUGAGGAAACGCUGCCGUGUCUUUCGUCUUCAGUGGAAGAUGGUGUCUCGAAGCAGUGACCAGUGAAUCCACAGUGAAGCUUGUGACACGACAUCGAUAGUGAUAAACAUUGACGGCUUUAUACGGUGUUGAAAUGGAUUUUGUUUUUGCUCUCAUCUGUCAAUCCCAAUCUACAUGACAUAACUUAUGCUGUAAUGAAGUGGCUGAUUCUUUUCCUAUAAACAUCCCAUCAUCUUGGGGGCCUGGCUGUGUCACCAUGGCAGGUAUGAAGGCCAGAACUCAAAUGAUAGCUGCCGUGAAGCUGGUGGGAUUGCUGGAAAGUGGCACAGAGAGAGUGCUGCUUAUUGACACUCGUUCUUUUGUUGAGUACAAUGCUUCACACAUCUUGGACGCUAUGAAUAUUAAUUGCUCAAAGCUCAUGAAAAGAAGACUUCAGCAAGAUAAAGUACAAAUCACAGAACUCAUCCAGCACGCUGCAAAGCAAAAGAUCGAGAUUGAUAGCAAGCAGGAAGUGAUGGUGUAUGACCAAUGCACACAAGACAUUGGAGGGCUUUCCUCUGACUGCUUUCUUUCUGUCCUUCUGAGCAAAUUGGAGAAGAGCUUUGAUAGUGUGUUCGUCCUUACAGGUGGAUAUGCUGCAUUUUCAUCUAGCUUUCCUGGUCUGUGUGAAGGGAAAUCUGCUCUGGUGCCCACAAGCAUUUCCCAGCCGUGCUUACCUGUGACUAACAUCGGCCCCACUCGAAUUCUCCCACAUCUCUACCUUGGCUGCCAGCGAGAUGUGUUGAACCAGGAGCUCAUGCAGCAGAUUGAUAUCGGCUACGUCUUGAAUGCAAGUAACACCUGCCCAAAACCUGACUUUAUCCCAGAGAGUCGUUUUCUUCGUGUUCCAGUCAAUGACAGCUUUUGUGAGAAGAUUUUACCUUGGCUUGACAACUCGGUGGAAUUUAUAGAGAAGGCAAAAGCAUCAAAUGGUCGUGUGUUAGUGCACUGCCUAGCUGGAAUUUCUCGUUCUGCCACCAUCGCCAUAGCUUACAUCAUGAAAAGAAUGGACAUGUCACUGGAUGAAGCUUAUAGAUUUGUCAAGGAGAAGAGGCCAACCAUUUCACCCAACUUUAACUUUCUCGGCCAAUUGCUGGACUUCGAGAAAAAGCUGAAGCCGCAGAUGGUGCAGUCAACUGGGCAGCUAGGAGCCAUCACCAAACUGACGCUUCUGCAGCUGGAGCGAGCCGGGGAGCAGCGAGCAGCUCAGGACAGCGGCCAGUUUGACGCUGUCAGAGAAAGCCAACCCUUCAGACCCUCUACCUCGGCCAUUGUGGAUCAGAACACUACUGAACGAGCCACACCAUUACCUGCACUUAUGGAACCCACAAUUUCCAACAUGGAAGAGGAGUGGCCUCUGGAACAAGGGAUCAAUGGACUUACCUUGUCGGUAGACAGGUUGGAGGACAACAAUCGGUUAAAGCGCUCAUUUUCUUUAGACAUAAAGUCUGUAUCGUAUUCGGUAGGCAGCGGCGAGCCCGACUCUUCGCCAGUUCUUGACGGCUUGAAAGGUGUUUACGAUCUUCCCAUGGAUCUGAACGAAGGCGAGUGCUACCAUUUCUCCGCCGUUCAGGAAGAAGUGGAGCAACUUUCGAAGCACGCUGCCCACACAGUGCUGGAGGCCAGCACCAACCAGCCGGAAACCAUAUGGGAGCAGGGAACACCAAAAAGUACAGCUACUACUUCAACGCAAAUGGCCUCGAGCACGGCCCCAGUGCCCAGAACACUGCUGUGUCCCUUGCACAGAAGUGGCAGCAUGGAGGAUAACUAUAGAACAAACUUCCUGCUGGGCCUCUCGAGCAGCCAGCAGCAUUUGGCAACGUCUGCGGCAGGGAUGGGACUCAAGGGAUGGCACUCGGAUAUACUCUCACCUCAGACUCCAACGGCGUCAUUGGCGAACACCUGGUACUUUACAACCGAGGCCUUGGCGGGACAGCCUCCUCGCUUUAUGUCCAGCUCGGCUCUGUUUGGCGGGGCGACGGCCUACUCUGCGUUCAGCUGCAGCCAACUGCCCACUGGCUGUGACCAGGCUGGGAUGGUCCGAAGGCGGGAAAAGCACUGCGACCGACGAGAUUCCAGGCGCAGCUGGCACGAGGAAAGCCCCUUCGAAAAACAGUACAAACGCCGCAGUUGCCAAAUGGAGUUCGAGGAAGGAAUGAAUGAAAGCAGGUCCCGGGAGGACCUCGGGAAAAUUGGAAGCCAGUCCAGCUUCUCUGGCAGCAUGGAAAUCAUUGAAGUAUCCUGAAAGAAUGCGAGAAUGCAGACUGUGGUGAUUUAGUGAAGUUGUAAUUCACAUGUCUAGAUAGUGUCUGCAAAAACUGCACUUCCCAACUUCCAAGCAGGGACAUCUAAAUACAGACUAUUGUUACUCAAAUGCUACAGGGGACAACCGUUUGUUCACCAUUAAUUAAACAUACAAGUCACUUAUCUAAUCAAUGCAAUGAAGCAGAAUUGUCAGGCUUUCCUUAUUCGUAUGGGGAAAAAAAAUAUCAGUUAGCAUUAUGCGAUUGUCCAUUAAUGCACUUUGCCUCCGAAGACUGAGCCAAGUUCUGUGGAGAUUUAUUGUUUAAAUUCCAGACAAGCUGGCAGAAUCUGGAUACCUGGUGUGUAAUCAUAGCUUACCUGAUGCAAAUACCUUUUGCAUCUGUAAAUAAACAUUGUAACUAUCUUGAUUUGAAUUUAUGGAUAGGUAAUGUGCCAGUGCUGCUUAGAGCAAAUACCUCAGAAUUUUUUUUUAAAGAAAGAAAGCUUCUUAUACUGUAUGUAGGUAUUCAGCAAAAUCAGAUCUCAGGUCUUACUUUAUACAGAUGAGAUUUACAGUUUUUCGGCUAGGUCUGAGUUAAACCGCUAAUGUGGUGAAUUAGCACUGAGAAAACGGUCUGUGUGUACAUUUUACUUGUGCCCAUGGAAUGUGGAGGACACACAACAAAAGCAAGUGAUAAAACACAAGUUAAGUGAAACAGAUGUGUGAUUUCCGUGCGGCGUGCAUGAGUUACAGGGUAGAAGGAUGCUUGUAGGAGUCUUCUGGUGGAGAAGUGCUGGAAACUUGUUCAGGGUGGUACAAUGCAUCUGGAUAGGGUGGAGCUAUUGUGUUCAAACGUCUUGAGUAUAAUGUAUUGGGUGUAUGGAAAGUUGUGUCAGUGGUGAUAGCGACAAAUGUUUAUCUUCAGGUGAAAUGAGCAGAUGUUGAAAUAAAAUCGGAGAUGGUACUUGUUA